GUGCGCGCCUCUACAUCCUCGCGGGCUCUGGCGCGCUGGGGAGCCGCCUGUGGCACAGAGUAGCUGUCAAACGCGCGCUCGCGAACACCGUGGAAACUAUGGCGACCGCGGCGUCCAACCACUACAGCAUCCUCACGUCCAACGCGUCCGUCGUCGCGCACUCGGAGCCCGGCAACAUGCAGCAGACGCCGCCGACCUACAGGGACGCGCAGAGUCUUCUGCAGAGCGAGUACACCACCCUGCAGAGCAGCGGGAGCACGCUCAGCCACGCGCACCAGUGGUUAACGGCGGCGCUGUCUCACGGGGGAGAGGGAACGCCGUGGCCAGCCAGCCCGCUGGGCGAGCAGGACAUUAAGCCCACGCUGCAGGGCGACGUGGAGGAGCUGCAGCACUCGCCGAGUUUGAGGCCCAGACAGGCGCAUCUGGUGCAGCAGAGCCAGCAUCACGACGCGGGCGCCUGGCGCGCGACGACCACGGCUCACAUGACGAGCAUGACCACCUCGAACGGACAGAGCAUGAUCUACUCCCAGCCCGGGUACGGCGAGCAGGGAAUGCACCAUCACGCCCUCAGGGACGCGCACGAGGACCACCACAGCCCGCACCUCAGCGAGCACGGCCACCCGCAGAGUCUUCAUCAGGGACACCACGAGCACUCGGACGAGGACACGCCGACCUCGGACGACCUGGAGCAGUUCGCCAAGCAAUUCAAGCAGCGUCGGAUCAAGCUGGGUUUCACGCAAGCGGACGUGGGGCUCGCGCUGGGCACACUUUACGGCAACGUUUUCUCCCAGACCACCAUCUGCAGGUUCGAGGCGCUUCAGCUGAGCUUUAAGAACAUGUGCAAACUCAAACCCCUGCUCAAUAAAUGGCUGGAGGAGGCGGACUCCACCUCGGGAAGUCCGACCAGCCUGGAUAAGAUAGCUGCGCAGGGAAGAAAGAGGAAAAAGCGGACCUCCAUCGAGGUGAGUGUCAAAGGGGCCUUGGAGAGCCAUUUCCUCAAGUGUCCCAAACCCGGUUCGCCCGAGAUCAACUCUCUGGCGGACAGCCUACAGCUGGAGAAAGAGGUGGUGCGGGUCUGGUUUUGUAACCGACGGCAGAAGGAGAAGAGAAUGACGCCUCAGAACGGACCCAUACCCGGUAACGAGGAUAUGUACGGGGACACAUCGCCUCACCACGGGGCUCAGACACCUGUUCCGUAAAAAAGGGGCGGCCACACACACACACACACUCAGAAAGCGACUUUGUAUUUGUCCCGCGGUCACAAGCCCGUUCACUGCGGGCCGACGGUGAUGAUGAUGAUGAUGAUGAUGUGCUUCUACAGCACUUCAGAGGGAGUGGAGCGCGCAUUUUUGCCCGAACAAUAUAAGGGUACGGGCGCGGAAAAACAAACGCGCUCUAGUAAACAAAGGCGUUACACGCUGCGGGUGAACCUAAAGAGGAAAUGUUUUACGCGUAAAUAUUAUGAUUAUUAUUAUUAUUAUUUUCCUUUGAAGUCCGAGAAUCUGUGAAAGCAUCAUAUCACUUCCAACCGAAAGCUGUGAAAAAGGCGUGAGGGGCGCGUAUUCUCUUAUGACAUCUUCCCGUCAUGACCACAAAAAGAUGAUUGAAAUUAAUCAAAUGCAAUCUCUACAAUUCAUUCUCUUCAAAAUAUGAAUGGCAACGGCGGUGCUAUUAUUAUUAUUAUUAUUAUUAUUCAUUGUAAUCCAUGUAUAUUUAUCACAGUUAAAUUUGAGAAAUUCUCUGAGAGUUAAUGCAUCUGAUUUUCAUUGCAACAAAGGCGGCCUAUAGUGCUGCUGUUUAUUGUGCGCAGGCAAAGCAACCCAAUUUCAUGCAGAUCACGGAUUCACUGCUGGUGCAAAACAGAGCGCCCGUCCAAUUCGAGGCCUGAGGAAAGAUUAAAUCCUUCUGCAGAAUUGUACAGCGCUGUGCAUCACAUCGAGUAUUCUUAAAUUAAACCAAAUUAUACCAUGUCUCAUAAUUAAUUGGGGUUUUUCUCACCAUUUUAAAAAUCACAUUUGGUGCUGAUAGAUAUCCAAGCAGCCAAAUGCGACCACAGAUACUUUUGAGACAGAUACUUUUGUUUUAAAUCAUAUUGUGCUGUUUAAUGUCUACUGGUUUAAAUACAGGGGGGAAUCUAAAAUGUUUGAUAUUACACUAUACAGCCAAAAACAAACCUCGGAAACCCUUAAUAUGGUCUAUAAGAAGCAAGAUAGUAAAACGGCCUAUAAAUAGCAUUUUAACUACAACAAAAAAUAUUAUUAUUAUUAUUAAUAAUAAUAAUAAUAAUAAGAGUAAUAAUAAUAAUAGCCAGUGUGGGCAGUUUACCUUGUUCAUUACAUUGGGUCUCUAUUAUAUAACAUUGUGUUGUAUUAUUUUGUGCGUCACCUAUAAAUGUUUAAGCCUCAACAUGAUUGUUACUGUUUGGUCAUUUUGUGUUUUUUGUUUUCCAAAACUUUUAUUUCUUCGUGUCAACCGUCGUGCACAUUUUCUUUAACGAGAAAUACUAUUACACCAGCUGUAUUACAAUUAUUUGAUGGCCUGCAUUGAAAAAUAAGGACAUUUUACGUGGAUUUUUAUUUUACAUUUUUUAUGGCAUUGUGAAUACUUGUAUAUUUGUGCACUUACCCUGGCACUGCCAAAGCACAACCUGUCAGUGUGCCCUAUUGAGACCAUUAAUGUCUUUGGUUUUGACAGAAAAAAAAAUU